CGCCUGCCCGGCCCGGGCCAGGUGCAGCGCCCAGGAGCAGGGGGGCAGCUGCGCCGGGAGCCGUACCCUGUCCACGGGACGCCGGGGACCCUAGGAGCCCAGGCUGAGCUCUCUGCAGAGCCCGAGCAGCUGAUGAGGUGGGCUGGGAGACCAAGGCGGACAAAGUGAAGCCGCAAGUUCACGGGCACCGGCUGUGGGUCAUAAUACACACAGUGCAUGAACCAGUGGCCGAGCUCAGAGACCUUCCAUGACGGGCUGUGGGGAAGCAGCCUCGCACCCCAAGCCAUGCUGGGACUAUGAGCCAGGCCCGGCCACCCGCGGCCCUGCCCGGCGGCCUCACGAUGCUGAGCCUGAAGCUGCCCAGGCUGUUCCGCAUAGACCAGGUGCCCCAGGUGUUCCAUGAGCAAGGCAUCCUCUUUGGCUACCGGCACCCGCAGAGUUCCGCCACUGCCUGCAUCCUCAGCCUUUUCCAGAUGACCAAUGAGACCCUCAACAUCUGGACUCACUUGCUGCCCUUCUGGUUCUUCGUGUGGAGGUUUGUAACUGCGCUCUACGUGACUGACAUCCCCAAUGACAGCUACUCGUGGCCCAUGCUCGUGUACAUGUGCACCAGCUGUGUGUACCCCCUCGCGUCCAGCUGCGCACAUACCUUCAGCUCCAUGUCCAGGAACGCCCGGCACAUCUGCUACUUCCUGGACUACGGCGCUGUCAACCUCUUCAGCCUGGGCUCUGCCAUCGCCUACUCUGCAUACGCGUUCCCCGACGCGCUGGUGCGCACCAGCUUCCACGAUUACUUUGUGACCAUGGCUGUGCUGAACACCAUCCUCAGCACCGGCCUCUCCUGCUACUCCAGGUUUCUUGAGAUCCAGAAGCCAGGACUCUGCAAGUUGCUUCGCAUCCUCGCCUUUGCGUACCCCUACACCUGGGACUCCCUGCCCAUCUUCUACAGGCUCUUCCUGUUCCCAGGGGAGAGCGGCCAGAACGAAGCCACCCUGUACCACCAGAAGCACAUGGUCAUGACGCUCUUGGCCUCUUUCCUGUACUCGGCACACCUGCCCGAGCGCCUGGCCCCGGGCCGCUUUGACUACAUCGGUCACAGCCACCAGCUGUUCCACGUGUGUGUGAUCCUGGCCACACACAUGCAGAUGGAAGCCAUACUCCUGGACAAGACUCUGCGGAAGGAGUGGCUGCUGGCCGCCGCCAGGCCCUUGUCUUUCCCUCAGAUAGCCGGAGCCGUGCUUCUCUGCGUCAUCUUCAGCCUCAGCAACAUAAUUUAUUUCUCAGCUGCUCUGUAUCGGAUUCCUGAGCCAGAAAUACAUAAAAAAGAAACAUGAUUCAGGCCCUAAGCGCUUCCUGCCUGCUGUCAACGCUCGGCCAUGACACUCUGCCCACGGUGCUGGCCGCCGGUGGCCCAAAGUCCUCAUACCGACGGGGCGCACGGCCACAAAGCAUUGCACUGGGGAAGUUCUCGAUUUGCACUGCUGCUCUGUGUGUGAUUUUAGCGGGGACCACGGGUCAAGCAGGUUGCGUGAAGGCCAGUGGGUGCUGUCUCCUUCAGUCCGGAAUCCGUUGAGGGUGGGGUUUUCGAUUCUGUUGGCGCAGUUGGAGGAAGAAGCACCAUGCCUUGUAGCUUUGCAUCACUCUUCAAAAAUAGAGUCUGCUCCAGGUGCCGGAUCUCACGAAGCACAGUCCCAGAGCCCCCACCGGACCUGGCAACGCCUCCGGGAGGGGAGAAAGGUCUCUGGGAAGACGUGAGGAGAAGCUGGGUCCAUGGGAACCUCAGGGUGUGGAGGACCCUCCAGCAAGAGGAGACCCGCUCUGGGUGGGGGGGGAUUCCCUUCCCUUGCCAGCCUGGGGGAGGGUGUACAGAAGGAAGGGUCUCUCUUCCCAUAAGGCCAUCCUCACCCCCAAGGGCAGGUUCCCCUGUCCAUACGGGUUUGGGGUUUGUAUGGUGUUUGUUUGUUUGUGGCUUCUUAAAUGCCCACAGCCUGCUGCUGGUUGGCAGGUGUUCUGUUCUGCUGGGUUUGUUGCCAGGUUGAUCUGCCCAGACUGUGCAGUGCAGGUAAACCGUGCUGGACGUGAGAGCUGGCUGAGCCCGCCCCACGUGGCUCUGCUUGGCUCCGUAGAGGACACAGGCCGUGGAGCAGACCCCUCAGACGAUUCCAGUGCGAGGGGUGCAAGGGCCAAGCUUGAAGAAAUGCAGGUCGCGCACCCCAGAAGCACUGGGCCUGUCCCUGUCAGCUUUGCUUCCCUUGAUGUCGAUUUCAGCGGCCCCUUCCCCCCACCUCAGGGCAUGGCCUCCACCCUCCGGUCCAGGUUUUCUGUCCUGGGCUGUAGUACUGUGAUAGUUGUUGCUCAGGACUCAGUCGCUGGUGUCAAACCUGCACCAAAAAUAGACAAGUAAGUAAACCAAGCCAGGAGGUCAUGGAAGGAGGGGGUGUCUCGUGCCCGUUCUUGAGGACAAGAACCCCACAAAAGACAGUGGGCACAAGCGCCAGGGCUGCCACACGCAUGGGAUACUUCCGCAAGGGCCUCUGGCCAAGCAAUUGCAUGCUCAGCCUUAAACGGACGCCACGCUCCUAACUGAUCCUGGCCGCUAAGGGCUGUGGUUUCCGAAACAGCUCCUCGUGUUGCCUGCUGUGUCCUCUGCUCACCGUCCUUGGAUGCACGCGUGACGCGUGUAUUCCCACGGUGGUGUGCAUUCCCAGACAGAUGGGUGGUCAUGGAGGGGCUCUUUCGGGUUUGUUAUUCUGGCGGAGAGCAAGGACGGAACAUUGAGUUUUCUCGUCCGUUGCAUUGCUCAUUGAUGUGCAGUAUUUCACGAUGUUUGCAGAAACGCCGAUGUGAGAUGCAUCGUCACAGAGGCACAUCACACCCUGCUCUGCUCUUGGUGUUGCUGACUCAGGCAUUCCCAACACACGCACACACACGCACACACACGCCCGUCUUCCGAUACCGCCUCCACCGGGAGCCGGCCCUGACACUCCGAUGGCCCUGCAAAUUGCUCGGAAGACAGUAACCGUGUAUAUUGGAUGCGAGUGAUCAAGAAAUAUGAUUUCAUCAGUUUUAUUAUCUGUUUACCUCCUCUGGGGAAGGCAGACAGAUAAAAUUAUAUGGGCUGGUAAAUUUUUGGUACAUUAAUUGCGGGCUGCAUGAUGAAAUUUGUUCCUGUGACAGCGAUCUGCUAUUCCAAGUGAAACUGUACCCUGGCAGGAUCUGUGGGCUUCAAGUUCGUCUCUGUAUAACUGUAAUUUUAUGGUGGGAAAAAACGAGAGAAAGUUUAAGUGCCUUGUCUGUUAAUACCAAAGAUAAAUAGUGUUGUAAAUUCUCUUUAUUUAUAGAUAACAAAAUCAUGUUCUAUGUCGAGUUAAAAGAUAAUGGUGAUCCACAUGAAGGAUUUUAGAUAUCUAAUCUUUGUGUUGUUUUUCGUCCUGUGUCACGUCGAAAUGUUAAAUCAAUGAAAUCGGAUCAAGUCUUU